AAUUACUGAGGUUCGAAUUGAUCUGCCAUGGCGUCCAACAAGCAAAUCGAUGUCGAGUCCCAGAAGCCGGCAGCGUCGUCGUCUCCGGCGGCCACCGUGCCGCCUGCUUCCGUACACUCGGUGGAGCCACCAGCCGUACCAGUUUCGGUGGGAAUAACCAACGGCCACGAUGUGCCACAGGAGACGGAGCCUCUGCUGCUGUCGCUGGGCGAUGGCGACGGCGAUGGCGGCGCUGCCGCCGACGCCGACGACGACGCGAAGCGGCUGGAGCGGGCCAUCACGCGGGCGUUCCGGAGCACGGCGGAGCUGGCCAAGCACCUGCCGACCGGCGCGGUGCUCGUGUUCGAGGUGCUGUCCCCGGUGUUCACCAACGGCGGCCAGUGCCGCGACGUGAACCGCGUGAUGACGGCGUGGCUGGUGGGGCUCUGCGCGGCGGCGUGCUGCUUCCUCUGCUUCACGGACAGCUUCCACGACCGCGGGGGCACGGUGCGGUACGUGGUGGCCACGCGCUCCGGCCUGUGGGUGAUCGACGGCACCGCGCCGCCGCCGCCGGACCUGGCCGCGACGUACCGCCUCCGGUUCAUCGACUACUUCCACGCCGUGCUGUCCCUGGUCGUGUUCAUGUCCGUCGCCAUGUUCGACCACAACGUCGGCGCCUGCUUCUACCCGGUCAUGUCCUACGACACGCGGCAGGUGCUCACCGCCGUCCCGCUCGCCGGCGGGCUCGUCGGGACGAUGCUGUUCGCGACGUUCCCGUCGACGCGGCACGGGAUCGGGUUCCCAGUGCACGUAGCCUAGACGUUAAUUGACGCGGUUGUCUGUCUCCUUAGCCAGCAGCUGCCCCCCCUGUGUUGCAUGCCGUGCUUCGCGUCACUUGAUUGUGGUGUGAAGUACCCAAGUACAAUUGAAUUUGACGUAAACCAUGUCCUGAUAGGGAUGGUCAACUUGGUGUGGAAUUGUGGAUAGUUGCUUAUGGGAUUAUACAAUGUUCAUUUUAUAUUUGAAAGUUGUGUAAUUAAUGACGUGAAGACACUAAUAAGAUUUGUGAUUAGUGCAUCUUGUACGUGACUUUAUGGUUUAGUUGUAUAAUAAAUUAAU